GACGACCUGGUAACCACACCACACUUAAGAAACCUAAAAUGACGAAAUGUCAAAUUGUGAAUGAAUAUUUAAAAUUUUAUGGACGAAAAAACGUACUGCUUGAAAACCUUUUUUAUGAUAUGACAGACUGUCAAACUUCAACUGGCUCUUCUACACUAACAGAAGCUGUAGAAGAGCAAAACCAGGAAUCUUCACCAAUGGUGUUGAAAUUGAGAAAACCAAAACCUAAGAAGAAAGUACAGUGGAAGCCGGAUACUGUUGAUAAUGAAUUUAUGGAUAAAAAGUCUUCAAAAUGUUGUUGUGUGUAUGAAAAACCUAGGGCAUUUGGGGAAUCAUCUUCAGAAAGUGAAUCAGAAAAUGAAAAUGAAGGUCAUAGUAAUGCAUACUGUCCUGGUCAUAAUAAAAAGCAUAAACAUAAACAUAAAGUUGACAACCAUCAUUGUGACAAAUGUUAGUUGACUUGAGGUUGUAAAAAUGAACGAGUUGUUUUAUCUGUAAAAUUAUCCAUCACAGAGUAAAAGAAUUCUUCAUCAUCGACAUUUUCUUGUGAUGUUUGAACCUUUAAUGUAACUACGUGCUAUUAUGAACUUAAUUAGUUUCAUCAUCUUUUAUUUUCUGUACGUAAAUAUGAGCAAACUUUCAUAGAACCUUAAUUUUACCAUGAUCCAAGUAAUUGCAUUGGCAUUUUUAUAUAGAAGAGAUUUCUUUAGACUGAAAUUGUAUUAAUUUUAUAUAGCUUUCAACUUUGUGCUUUGAGUCUUUUUCAGCAGAAGUAAGAAUAAAUAUUCAAUUUCAAGGAUUUUCGUUUUGUAGACGUUUGGAGCGUCUGAUUGGUUGUUUAUGAUAUGGAUGAUAGAAAAAAACAAAAGUCCUUAUGAAUAAACAUUGUAAUUUAUUAUUUUAGGAGCACCAAUUUAAAAGCCCAAUAAAUUUAAUGAUUUCAGUGCAGAGAAAUCUCUAGUGUUACAUAUUAUAUAAUUUGUAUUAUUUAUACUACAUAAGUAUGUGCCCUCUCGUUUAUCAACCGGAUGAACGCUUGUAAUAUGUUGGAAUUGUAUGGUAAAGUCACCAUAAGAUUUAAACUUUGUACUGGUGAGUACAAAGUGAUUCGUGAAAAAAUAAAUGGAGUAAAUUGCAA